GGUAGCCACGCGCGAAUUCCGGUUGGUCUCGGUUAGACAAAGUUAAUCGUCUAUCGGCUCACGGUUCUUCGCGAAUACUGCCGCCAGCAGCUCGCGUGGUGAAAGAGUCCGCAACAUCGGCCCUUAAAAUCGUCGAACAAUAGCGCGAAGAGGUCCUUAAUCGAUAGAAAGCAACGCGUCGCCUCGGUACACGCCUCCGUCACAAAACGAGCCUGGCGAUAAGGUUAUGUCUCGUGAGUCGGGAACAGAGGGCGCGUACGUACACGCACGGACACACGCGUGGACGCGAGUGUACGUGCUAUCGGCGCGAAUAACGGGCGUGAGAGAGAAGGAGAAUCGAAGGAACAUUCGCGGGGUAGAAAAGAGAGGGUUAAAAAGUGGGAACGAAAAGGAAAUAUCAGAGAGUAUCGAGGUUGAAAGAGAAAAGAGAGAGGCAAGAGAUGGCAACAAGAGCAAUAAGGACAGCGAAAGAAGCAACCGCGGAGGGGCAAAAGGGGGGAACGCAGUGGGAUGGCGUUGGAAGGGAGGAGGAGGAACGGGGAGGAGGAGUAGGAGGAGGAAGGGAGGAAUAUUUCGCGGGCGCGAGAGGCAAAGAUUCUCUUGAAACCUGUGGCAUUUCGCUCGGCGGUCUUCUGUUCGGUAUACGCCGAAGAGGGAUCGAUAGCCGCGUCAGAGACGAGGAGAAUCAGGCGGCAGGCUAUUUCGAGCAACAACACAAGUCGGCAGAAGCAGCAGAGAAGCAGUAGCAACGACAGAAGCGUCCUGUGCGCCGCGAGAUAGAUCCGCAGCCAUUCCACGGCCAUGUCUGACGGCGCACGGGGUUGGCUACGCCCGAGCGGGGCCUAGCCAGCCAAUCGGUGGGAAGCGCGAAAGGUCCCGCGCCGUGGCCGUGGCCAAUGGGCGUACCCGGUUUCGGCGAGGCGCGCGACGUCUCGUCGAAGUAGAGGGGGGCCCUCGCGGCUGUCACAGGUGCAGCCAGUUGGCUGGCGAACUCGAGGCGAGCGUGCUCGAGAAUCGCCGCGUUCCUCGUCCGUAUGCCGCUUAUCGGACCCACACUGUUCGCCCGGUUUCAUCGAUAUCUAUCCGCAGAUCGGGCUGCUCAUCGUGAUUGACACACGCCGCUUGCACUUCGUUAAGGAAAAACCAAAGUGGUCGUUCGGAGAGCGUCGUUCAUCUGGCCGAGACAGCACUCAUAUUUACGGAAUUGAAAGGAUUCCAGACUUCGAAACUAUCGGACAGAUCGCGGGACUCGUUUGAUGCGGUCCGUCGCGCGGACGCGCACGUCGCGUCUGACAGAUCCGUUACGAUAUACCGGUCCCAUCGGCGGCGUCAUGUCCGACCGCGGAGUGUCUAAAACCAAGAGGGAACGAUCUUGAGCGUCGUCAUACGCGGGUCACCGCGAUGCGCCGACGGUACUGAUCUGUCAGCUGAGAGACACGAGGGGUUGAAGAACUAGUGUCGAAGCGGACUCGCGGACGGUAUAAGUUGAAUCAUAUAAUCAGUGAGCCUUCGACGAGUACGGUUCAAAGAGGGACGAACGGGGAACCACGGAAAGGGAAAAGAAGGCACCAGAAAAAGUCGCUAGAUCGAACCGAAGAUUCAUAGGGGAAGAAUAACUAUAUACAGUGAACAUAGGAUCGUGCAUAGAGGGAGAGAUACGUAUCCACGGAAUAAGAACGAAACAGAGAAAUAGGUCGAUGGUAUUACUUAAAGACAGAAGACAAGGGAAACGGAUUUGAUCGAAAUAUCGAGUGCGCGUAGGGGGAGAGAAAAACGAAAACUGGCAACGAACGGGGGGAAGUGUGAGAAGUGCGAUUUAACGGCCGUAGGGAUAACACCGCAGUAAAAGUGGGUGCACUGGGGCCCUCGGGACCGUUCGGCCGAUACGGGCCCGUGGAAGGUGGGCCUGGUGGUGGUCCCGGGCCCGGCGAGGGAGUGGGGGCAGGGGUGGCCGCAGUCGCGGCUGGGGAGGUGGAGGGCUACGGGGGCGCCGGUGGCGGGGGAGGGGGCCCCGGGGGGGUUGGUACCCCCCGGAUAAGGGUCGCGACCCUCGGCGGGCCUUGCUGCGCACCCCUGCCCGUCACCCAGGCUUGUAACAUAGCAGGGAGACGCGGUUUGGCGAUGCUCCUGUCAUGUGCAGGAUGCGACAAACCAAUUAUGGAUCAGUACCUGCUGAAUGUUUUGGACCGAGCAUGGCACAUCGAGUGCGUCCGCUGCUUCGAUUGCAGAGCCGCGUUGCAGGACAAGUGUUUCUCCAGGGAGGCGAAACUCUUCUGCAGGGAGGACUUCUUCAGCAAUUAUCCCGGGCCCGUGUCAACCUUCACGAAUGCAUACGUCACCGAAACGGGAGGAAGAGAGAGGCGAUACGGGACGAAGUGCGGCGGCUGCCUCCAAGGGAUAAGCCCGCAGGACCUCGUGAGGAAGGCGAGGGACAAGGUUUUCCACCUGAAUUGCUUCACCUGCCUGGUGUGUCGGAAGCAGAUGAGCACCGGAGAGGAGCUCUACGUCCUGGACGACAACAAGUUCGUCUGCAAGCAGGACUACCUGUCGGGCAAGCCGCUGCCGGACACGCAUCACGUGCACGGUCAUCAUGAAUCGUCCAACCUUUCGGCAGGAGGCGACUCGCUGAUGGGUUCGGGAUCGGAGGACGAGGACGAGGACGGUAGUGCUCACCAUCAUCACGGUGGUGUCGGUGGCCCCCACCUGGGGCCCCAUAAUCUGGGCCCGGGUGGUCCUGGUGACCAGACGGUUGGCCACACUGGCGAUCUACCUCUCGGAAACGAUCCCUGCAAGCAGGAAGACUCGGAGGAUCAAGGUUCCCUAGACGGAGAUCCCGAGACGAGGGAUAGUCAAACGGAGAACAAGAGUCCUGACGGCGGUGCUGGCGGUGGUAGCGGUGACGGCGGUGCCGGUUCGAAGAGGCGAGGCCCGAGAACGACCAUAAAGGCGAAACAGUUGGAGAUCCUGAAGUCGGCCUUUUCGUCGACUCCGAAACCCACCAGGCACAUCAGGGAACAGUUAGCGAAAGAGACCGGCUUGCCCAUGAGAGUGAUACAGGUCUGGUUUCAAAAUAAGAGGAGCAAGGAGCGCAGGUUAAAACAACUGACGUCGAUGGGCAGGAGCCCGUUCUUCGGCGGCUCCAGAAAAAUGAGGGGCUUCCCUCUGAACCUGAAUCCCGGUGCUCUGGGCGGCGAGGACGGACCGCCGCCCGGUUUUCCAUAUUUCGGCGCGGAGAAGUUCGAAUUCGGUUACGGCGGGCCCGUGGCGUUUCACCAUGAAUUCUUCGGUGCCCAUCCGCCCCCUCAUCCUCACGGACCGCCCUUCAGCGGGCCGGGCAAUCCAGUGCGUAAUCUGUUCCUGACAGGUUUGGACCCGGCGAGUUUAGCGGGUAUGGCGGCCGCAGUGGCGGUGACAGGGGAAUAUCCACCACCGGGUGCGGGAGGCGGCCCUCCGGAAUUUCUCACGGGCCCUCCUGGACAGGGGCCCUCUGCACCUCCUGGCGGUAGCCCCGGCGAGUUCCUAGCACCUACAGGUGGAGGACAGGGUAAUCCGAGCGCCGGCGGGAAUGGCGGCGGUCCAGGUGGCGGCGGCAGCGGGGGUGGGUUCCUCGAGCCGCACCAGAUGCAGAGCGAAGGUUUGGCCUGGUAGUACGAGUUUUAAUUCACGUUAUCUUUUUAAAGAACGGAUUUUUCGUUGCGUUCUCCGUGGUCGCGGGGGCCCGAGAAUUAUCGAUCGUUUCCGCGGAUAAAUCGACCGGUCCCCGGCGUACCCGGGCCUCUGGUACGGCCCACCGACUUCGUUUCCUCCACCGGGGCGCCUCGAUGUGACUUUUGUCCGCGCGCGCGAGAUGGCGAAAGUUCCUCGACGGCCAGGUUUCGAGCUUGUAGCCUGUACGUUACGUUUCUUCCUUGUUCUUUUUCCUUUCUGUUUUUUAUUUUGCUCUUUUUUUGUAAGAUACGAAUACGAUAAGACGAUCGACCAUUCAAUCCUCGUUUCUAUCACGGUUGUCGUUGAUUAACAUUAUUCUCUUUAUUAGUAUUUUUCUAUUAUUAAUUAAUAAUAUUAUUAUUAAUUAUUAUUAUUAUAUGGUCGCCGGUGAACGCACGGCGCAGCUAUUUUAUUAUUAUUAUUAUUAUUAAAUAUUAUUAUUAUUAUUAUUAUUAAAAGAAGAAAUUAUUAAAUAUUAUUAUUAAUAUUAUUGUGUAUAAAAUUUUCGAAUGUCCUAUCGUGUAAUAUUAUACCCUCCCUGUUGAUUACUUUUCGACGUUACUUUAAGGAACACCCUGUAGAUAUCUGCUGUUAUACAUUCGAAGAAUCGUACACGAAUACAUGAUACACGCGUACAAAAUCAUACACACGCAGACACACAUUAUACGUACAUGCAUAUACAUGCAUACAUACAUACAUACAUACAAGUAUGUACACUGACACGCGGAUCACACACGAUAUAUGUACACUAGGCGUGUACGGAUUCACGGUCACAUACACGCGCUGUAACAGUUAAAAAAAAGACGCUGUAUUAAUUAUCACUAAACUAUAAAUAUAAAUAGGAAUGUGUAACCCGUAAUUGUUAAGGCGGCGAUCGAUGUAAAUAAAUUGUCUUUCCGCGGGUGUAUAUAUAUGUCUAUAUAUACAUAUGUAUACGUACGGUGUGUGCGUGUGAAUAUAUGCAUAUGUAUACAAACGAGAAAACGAACAAUGAUGGGAAGAGCGCGCGCGAGCGAACUUGUUUAGUAGCUGGACUCUAUCACCGAAUUAACCGUCUGUAAUUGUAAUUGCAACGCAA